AUGUCGGCCCAGUCCCUUCCUACAGCGACACCCCCUACCCAGAAGCCCCCUCGAAUUAUCCGCCCCCGGCCCCCUUCUCGUGCCCGGACUGCCCAUUCCCCAGGACCUCCUCCCCAGAAUGGCUCCUCUCCACAAACACCCCCUCCAAGAACCUCCAAAGAUGCCCCAGGUCUCAUGUGCACCCCUCUCUUCUGGGAACCCCCAGCCGUGUCCCUCAAGCCUCCCGCCCUCCUGCCCCCCUCUGCUUCUAGAAGCAGCCUUGACUCCCAGACUUCUCCAGACUCACCUUCCCGCACCCCCAGCCCCGUAUCCAGGCGCUCCAUUUCCCCGGAACCUGCUCCCCGCUCCCCUGUCCCCCCACCCAAGCCCUCCACAUUGCCCCGCACGCCUUUGCUCCCACUCCUCCCCACAGCUGAGGGCUUGGCCCAGGACAGCCCAGCCUCGUCGGUGCCUGGCACCGUGCGGAGACUGGCUGGCAGGUUUGAAUGGGGCACUGAAGGCAGGACCCAGACUGUGGAUGCUACAGAGCGGGGUUCCCCAGGAGGAGCUGAUGUGAAUGGGGAGAGAGAGGCUCCCCAGGGUGCCCCCACUGGAGGUGGGCCCCAGGAGAACGGUGCUUCAGAUACUGCUCUGGCCUGCCCACCUCAUUGCCCCUGUAUCUGUCAUGCCUCCCGGCCAGGCCUAGAACUCCGAUGGGUGCCAGUGGGGGCCUCUGGGGAUGGCCCCAAAGCCCCCUGCCGGGCCUCCCCUCUGCGGGCCUCACGCUCUCGUCCCAACCCUCCCGGCAUCAAUCAUCCCCCUGUGGUUCUCACCUCCUACCGCUCCACUGCGGAGCGCAAGCAUCUGCCGCCCCUGAAGCCUCCCAAGCCAGCUCGGGCCAGGCAGGACCAAACCACGGUGCCUGAGGACUCCCCACAGCCAGAUGUGCACCUGCUUUCUGAAGACGGAAUCCAAACAGGUGCGGAACCUCUGGAGGGGGACAGUCCUGAUGGAGUUCUUUCUCACAGCACCCCUCCAGCAGCCGUGGAAGGAAGGGAUGAGGAAGGGCUGGAGGGACUGAAGGAACAGAACUGGGAGCUACCCCUGCAGGACGAACCUCUCUACCAGACCUACCGAGCAGCUGUGCUGUCAGAAGAGUUGUGGGGAGUUGGUGAGGAUGGGGGUCCUCCUCCCACCAACCCUGGAGAAACAGCCACCUUGGCUCGCCCCCCUGGGCCCCGGAACACCCUGUGGCAGGAGCUUCCAGCUGUGCAAGCCAGUGGCCUCCUGGACACAUUGAGCCCCCAGGAGAGGCGCAUGCAGGAGAGCCUGUUUGAGGUGGUCACGUCCGAGGCCUCCUACCUGCGCUCCCUGCGGCUGCUGACAGACACCUUCGUGCUGAGCCAGGCGCUCCGGGACACGCUCACCCCCCGGGACCAUCACACCCUCUUCUCUAACGUGCAGCGGGUCCAGGGCGUCAGCGAGAGGUUCCUGGGAACGUUGCUGUCCCGGGUGCGCUCCUCUCCCCACAUCAGUGACCUGUGUGACGUGGUGCAUACCCACGCUGUGGGGCCUUUCUCUGUCUAUGUGGAUUAUGUGCGGAACCAGCAGUACCAGGAGGAGACCUACAGCCGCCUCAUGGACACGAACGUGCGCUUCUCAGCAGAGCUUCGGCGACUACAGAGCCUCCCCAAGUGUGAGCGGCUCCCACUGCCGUCCUUCCUGCUUCUGCCCUUCCAGCGAAUCACUCGGCUUCGCAUGCUACUGCAGAAUAUUUUGCGCCAGACAGAGGAGGGGUCCAGCCGCCACGAAAAUGCACAGAAAGCCCUGAGUGCAGUCAGCAAGAUCAUUGAGCGCUGCAGCGCGGAGGUGGGCCGCAUGAAGCAGACAGAGGAGCUCAUUCGGCUCACCCAGAGGCUGCGCUUCCACAAAGUCAAGGCUUUGCCCCUGGUCUCCUGGUCGAGACGCCUGGAGUUGCAGGGCGAGCUGACAGAGCUGGGGUGCCGCCGGGGGGGCGUGCUCUUCACCUCGCGCCCCCGCAUCACCUCCCUCUGCCUGCUGCUCUUUAGUGACCUGCUGCUCAUCACUCGGCCCAAGAGCGGUCAACGGCUACAGGUGCUGGACUAUGCCCACCGCUCCCUGGUCCAAGCUCAACAGGUUCCAGAUCCAUCUGGACCCCCUACCUUCCGCCUCUCCCUUCUCAGUAACCACCAGGGCCGUCCUACACACCGGCUACUCCAAGCUUCAUCCCUGUCAGACAUGCAGCGCUGGUUGGGAGCCUUCCCGACCCCUGGCCCGCUUCCCUGCUCCCCAGACACCAUCUAUGAGGACUGUGAGUGCUCACAGGAACUGUGCUCAGAGCCAGCUACACCUACUAAGGUCGAGGGACAGCGACUGGAGUCCAAGGCUGCCCCCAAGCCCCUGCACAAGAGCCCAGAAGGUUGGCUGAGAGGACUUCCUGGGGCCUUCCCUGCCCAGUUGGUGUGUGAAGUUACUGGGGAACACGAAAGGCGGAAGCACCUUCGCCAGCACCAGGGGCUUCUGGAGGCCACUGAGCCCUCUCCAGGCACCUCUAGUACUCCCCCACCCUAAGUCAGGCUAGGGGAGGGGCAGAGGCCAGGACAAAAUGACAGCACAGCCAGCAGAUGACCAAGCCCACACAUUCAUUCAUUGGAUGCACUGUCCUCAGAAACGCUGCCUCUGGUAGC